AGUUUCCAUCUUAUUUUCUUCGAUUAUAUAUAUAGGAUCAGUAUACGCAAUUAACCACAAUGAGCAGCCAGUCCAGUAUGGAUGAUAACACCUCAAAGAUUGAACUUCCAGGCUUCCGGUUCCAUCCAACAGAAGAGGAACUCCUCCAAUUUUACCUCAAAAACAUGAUUUACGACUGCAAGUUCCAGUACGAUGUAAUCGGAUUCCUCAACAUCUAUCGCCAUGAUCCCUGGGACUUGCCUGGGUUGUCGAAGAUUGGAGAGAGGGAAUGGUACUUCUUUGUGCCGAGAGAUAGGAAGCAUGGAAGUGGUGGGAGGCCGAAUAGGACUACCGAAAACGGGUUCUGGAAAGCCACAGGCUCCGACCGGAAAAUCGUGAGUUUAUCCGAACCGAAACGCAUUAUCGGCCUGAAAAAGACUCUCGUGUUCUAUAAAGGGAGAGCUCCACGAGGAAGCAAGACUGAUUGGGUGAUGAACGAGUACCGUCUCCCUGAUGGUUGCCCCCUGCCCAAGGAUGUAGUGUUGUGCAAGGUGUACAGGAAGGCAACAUCAUUGAAAAUUCUUGAGCAAAGGGCAGCAGAGGAAGAAAUGAAGUUAAUGAAUAACACCAACAUAUCUCCAUCAUCAUCAUCAUCCAUGGAAACAAUUUCAUUUUGCAGCCCAAAAGAGGAUUUGGUGCCAUCAAUGGCGGCACCCCAAAUGUUCUUCAAGAAAGAAAUCGAAGAAGAAGCAAUGGAAGAAGAGAAAGUAUCAGAGAAGAGACUGUCUUCUGUAUCUCUGCAACUUCCAUUAGGCAGUGAGAAAUUACCAGAGCUUCAAAUGCCCAAAAUGCUUAGCGACUGGACACAGGAUCAAUUUUGGGCUCAGUUGAACAGUCCCUGGUUCCAGAAUCUCACAACUUAUGGCAACAUCUUGAAUUUCUAGUGGCUAAAUCACUUUACAAAAA